CGGAGCAAAAUGGCGGCGUACAUGAGAGGCGUGUUAUGUUUAGUUUCCACAGAGCGGAAUGUUUGCAUGGCCAAAGUCAGUAGUGUUUUUGUGGAGCCCAGGCGGUAUGUGCGGGGAUUAAGGAGGAAACCGGUCCGAGUGUUGUACCCCGAAACGGAGACAGCCAAAACCCCGAAGUUUGAGCCCUCGGGGCCAAAAGUCAAGAGGGAGACGGAGGCAAGAGUCAAGUUUUCACCAGAUAUCCGAGGAGAAAGUGACUCCUCUGUGACAAAGGAGGAGCCGACACCAGCUGCAAAACAGGCUCUGGUGACUGGCGCAAAGAACCAGCUGGAGGGAUUGCGCUUUGAGAGGGCUUCACCUGGAGACAAGAGGCUGGGGAGGCUGGUGAGUGUUGCUCGCUCCAGGACGUUUCGAGAGCAGCAGGGCAAAAUCCUGCUGGAGGGACGGCGUCUGAUCUGCGACGCCCUGGACGCCGGCGCCAGUCCCCAGAUGGUGUUCUUCAGCACGGUGGAGCGGCUGCAGGAGCUGCCUCUGGACAGGCUGAAGAGGGCCACGCUGGUCAAGGUCAAGUUUGAGGACAUCAAGCUGUGGUCUGAACUCACGGCUCCUCAAGGGGUGAUCGCCAUAUUUUCACGCCCUGACCCGUCACGGAUGAGGUUUGCGAACAGAGAGCAGUCGCUGCCGCUGUCUCUGAUCUGCGACAACGUCAGAGACCCGGGGAAUCUCGGGACGAUGCUGCGGUGUGCCGCGGCUGCUGGCUGCCACAACGUCCUCCUCACCAAGGGUUGCGUUGACGCCUGGGAGCCUAAAGUUCUGCGUGCAGCUAUGGGUGCUCACUUCCGCCUUCCCAUCCACCCCAGCCUGGACUGGAAUGAUAUCGGCGGCCACCUCCCGAACCAGGUGACCGUCCACGUGGCUGACAGCAGCUGCGCCGUUCCUCAGAGCGCAGAGGAAGAAAUCAACACUCACAAAGCUUCCAAAGCAGGAGACUACGGCUGGGUCUCCAACAGAAAAACCAUGGCUUAUGAAGAGGAUUCUGAUGAUGAUGAUGAUGAUGGAGCUUCAUCUCCCAGUGUGGAGACCAGGCUGUACCACCAGAGCUGGGCUCAGAGUCCCACCGCCCUGGUGAUCGGCGGAGAGACUCACGGACUGAGCCCCGAAGCCGUCCAGCUGGCUGAGAGGACCGAGGGCUCCAGACUCUUCAUUCCCGUGGCGCCCGGCGUGGACAGCCUGAACUCGGCCAUGGCAGCGAGCAUCCUGCUGUUCGAGGGCAGGAAGCAGCUGCUGAAGAUGCUGCAAACAUCUGGGAAGAAACUCCAGUCUAAAGCUGGGAGGAGUCAACAUGAAUGAACUAUUAAUAAAACUGUCUGUUGUCUAAGUUAUUUGUUUGAUUUGGUGAAUACAGUGUUCCAUGAAUGUUUCCUCUCAAUACCUUUGUUUACUAUUGAAAUCAUUCCUGACAGCAGGAAUUCUCAUCUGUAUCCAUCAGUCAGUAACUAAUAAAAGUUGAUAUUGGUCAAAGAGUGCCGAGAUCUGACGGAGCAGG